GUUCGGGCUUAAGUGGCGGGGCGGGUGUGGGCUGCACCUGGGCCCGGUGAGCGGGAGCGGGGUCGCGGCGGGGUCGGGAUGGAGGCGACCGCGGCACCGAGCAGGCAUGCAGGGGGGCGUGUGGCGAGUCGGCCCGGCGGCAGCGAAGAGAAGAGCCCGCCGGAGAGGAGGGUUUACAUGGACUAUAACGCAACCACCCCCCUGGAGCCAGAGGUUGUCCAGGCCGUGACCGAGGCCAUGCGGGAAGCCUGGGGAAAUCCCAGCAGCCCUUACCCGGCAGGUAGGAAGGCCAAGGAUAUUAUCGAUGCAGCUCGGGAGAACCUUGCGAAAAUGAUAGGCGGGAAGGCUCAAGACAUCAUCUUCACUUCCGGGGGCACUGAGUCCAAUAAUUUGGUGAUCCACUCCGUGGUGAGGCAUUUCCAAACCACCCACACCUCCAGGGGGGACACAGCCAAGCGGCACAGCCCAGCGGAGGGGGCCACGCCCCAUAUCAUCACCUGCACUGUGGAGCACGACUCCAUCCGCCUGCCUCUGGAGCACCUGGUGGAGGAGCGAGUGGCCGCGGUCACCUUCGUCCCCGUGUCCACGGUGAAUGGGCAGGCAGAGGCUGAUGACAUCCUGGCGGCCGUCCGCCCGGCCACAUGCCUCGUGACCAUCAUGCUGGCGAAUAACGAGACCGGCGUCGUCAUGCCCAUCCCUGAGAUCAGCCGGCGAGUUAAAGCCCUGAACCAGGAGCGGGCGGCUUCCGGGCUGCCUGCCGUUCUCCUGCACACGGAUGCCGCACAGGCCCUGGGGAAGAGGCGCGUGGAUGUGGAGGACCUGGGCGUGGACUUCCUGACGAUCGUGGGGCACAAGUUCUAUGGCCCCAGGAUCGGAGCCCUUUACGUCCGAGGGCUCGGGGAACUGACCCCUCUGCACCCCAUGCUGUUCGGAGGCGGACAAGAACGGAAUUUCAGGCCGGGGACGGAGAACACCCCGAUGAUCGCCGGCCUCGGGAAGGCUGCUGAGCUGGUGGCAGAGAACUGCGAGGCUUACGAGGCCCACAUGCGGGACGUGCGCGACUACCUGGAGGAGAGGCUGGCGGCCGAGUUCGGUAAGAAGAAAAUCCACCUGAACAGCCAGUUUCCGGGGACUGAGCGGCUCCCCAACACGUGUAACUUCUCCUUCCGGGGACCCCAGCUCCAAGGCUGCUCGGUGCUGGCACAGUGCAGGACGCUGCUGGCCAGCGUGGGGGCCGCGUGCCACUCAGACCUCGGGGACCGGCCAUCCCCGGUGCUGCUGAGCUGUGGCAUCCCCUUUGACGUGGCCAGGAACGCGCUUCGGCUGAGCGUGGGCCGCAGCACCACCCGGGCCGAGGUGGACCUCGUGGUGCAGGACCUGAAGCAGGCCGUGGCCCGGCUGGAGGGCCAGGCCUAGUGUCGAGGCCACCUCACAGGAAGCCUCUGAGGCCAGGGUGACCUUCCCUACAGAGUCAGAGUGGGCGGCAGCUCCCUCUCUGUACGUGGGUCAGUGUGGAGCGGGUCCUCCGAGCACAAAGGCCCGGACACACACCUGCGUGGGCCUAUCGCUGUCACUGCUGCCCAGUGGCACGGGUUGAAGUGGAGACACUUUGGCUGUGCCCACACUCCCCCUAGGAAGCGAGCGCCCCCUUCGUGGAAGGUGGCAUUUUUAUCAGGAAGAUGAAGUCCUAGUAUUUAUAAUUGACUAGAGGCCCGGUGCACGAAAUUUCGUACACUGUGGGGGAGUCCCUCAGCCUGGCCUGUGCCUUCUCGCAGUCCGGGACCCCUCGGUCCUUACCACCCGUCUGCAGUGGAGGCAGGAGAGGCUCCUGCCACUGCCGCUGCACUCACCAGCUGUGAGCCCAGCUUCUGGCUGAGCGGCGCUCCCCCUGUGGAGCUCACUGACCACCAGGGGGCAGCUCCUGCAUUGACCGUCUGCCCCCUGGGGGUCAGUGCACAUCAUAGUGACCUGUCCUUCUGCCAUUCAGUCCAUUUGCAUAUUAGGGUUUUAUUAUAUAGGAUUGUUGCUAUCAUGAAAAUAGGAAAGGAAACCUGGUCUUUGCUGCGAUCACAGCCACUCUGUACGUGUUUGCAGAGCGGUCAAUCUGCCUGUGCACCCACCCCUUGGGCCCUUGUCAAGCCCUUUCCAGAUGGCCAGGCCCAGAUCCCCCCAAUUCCCAGCCCUGCCUGUCACUCAGGACUCGGGCCUCCCCACUCAGGGCCCUCCUGUCUUUCCCCUCAGAUCGCUUACUCAGGGUCUCAGCUCACAGGGCACUGAGUUGGGGGCGGCCAGGCCCAUGUGACUGGGUUGUUCCCAAAGUGGAAACCAGUUCCUCCCUCGCUCAGCUUUCACCCGAUUUUACCUGCAGAAGGAUUCUUCUAUCCUCCCAAAUGCUUUGUGGGAUUCUGGUACACUUCAAAUGCCAUGUCCACACAGACUUUACAUAGGAACGGCUUUUUAAUUCACACUUUUAAUGUGCAGUUUUAAGGCGCAGAACUACACGAUGACAUUGAGGAUACAGUUGUCGGGUUAAACAAACUAAUAAAAUAUUCCAG